AUGGCAUUUUGUCCUGAAAUUUGUAGAAACCCCUUAGUUAGCUUAGAAGAAGGGUUGAAAGUCCAGGGUUGCACAGAUCAGAAGACGGUUGACAAAUGUACUCUUUCCUACCCACCCCUGCAACACAUACUAGUUGGUUAUCCAAGGUAUCAUUCAGUAACUGGUAAAUGUCUAAAGCCCUGUUGUGCAUUUCUGAACAGUAAGAGUCAUGGUGCUAGCGAUUACCAUGCUGCCUUCAAACAAGAAGAAUCUUGGUUCAGGCAUAUCAAGUUGGGACCAGUGCCAAAUGACAGGGCUAGUAAUUUGAGAUGCUGUUCUGUUGCCCCAGUAUCGGGACCCACCUGA